AUGAAGUUCUUCGCUGCUGCUCUUGCCCUCGCCGCCGGCGCCUCGGCCUACAGCAACGUCACCUACGUCACUGAGGUCGUUACAGCCUACACCACCUACUGCCCUGAGCCGACCACGGUCGUCUACAACGACCACACUUACACCGUCACCGAGGCCACUACCCUCACUAUUACCGACUGCCCUUGCACCAUUAAGAAGCCCGUUACCACCAUCUCCUCGGUCGUCUGCAACACCCCUAACUGCGGCGGUGGCUACCAUAACACCACCGGCCCUGUGCCGACCCCUGACGUCCCUGCUGGCACUGCCCAUCCCCCGGUCGUCACCAGCACUCCUUCUCCUCAGCCCGAGGUCCCCGUCACCGCCGGUGCUGGUCGCGCCGCUGCCCUCUCGGGCGCCGGUCUGGCUGCUCUCCUUGGCGUCGCUGCCUUCGCUCUCUAA